AUGGCGAGGAUUCUCCAGGUUGUGGCGCCGCUCCUCCUCCUCCUGCUCCCCACUGGCCUCCGGGAGCUCCUCUCGCCCACGACGACGAUCGACCACCAGCCGUCGGAGGGUGCUGCCAACGGCGGCGGAACAACGACCGGCGGCGGCGAGGUCCUCCUCCACCCGCUGGUGCUGGUUCCCGGGCUGACCUGCAACGAGCUGGAGGCGCGGCUCACGGACGCCUACCGCCCCUCCGUGCCGCGGUGCGGCGCGAUGAAGGGGAAGGGCUGGUUCGGGCUCUGGGCCAACUGCUCCGAGCUGCCCGUGCACCACUACGUGCAGUGCUUCAUAGAGCAGAUGACCCUCGUCUACGACCCCGCCGCCAACGACUACCGGAACCUCCCCGGCGUCGAGACGCGCGUGCGCGGCUUCGGCUCCUCCCGAGGCUUCCAGAGGAACCCGGAGCACACGACCUGGUGCUUUGAGGUCCUUAGACACGCGCUCGAAAAGGCCGGGUACCGCGACGGCGACACCCUGUUCGCCGCCCAGUACGACCUCCGCUACGCCCCGCCGGUGCCCGGCCAGUCAUCGGAGGUCUUCUCGCGCUACUUCCGGCGGCUGACGAGGCUCAUCGAGGACGCGAGCGAGAAGAACGAGAACAAGAAGGUGAUCCUCUUCGGGCACAGCUUCGGGGGGAUGGUGGCGCUGGAGUUCGUGCGGAGCACGCCCAUGUCGUGGCGAGACAGGUACAUCAAGCACCUCAUCCUCGUCGCUCCGGUGCUGGCGGAAGGGCUCGUGCAGACGCUGCAGUACUUCGUCUCCGGGUCCGACCUGAUGUACAUCCCCACGGUCACCCAGCUCGCGCUGACUCUGAGGCCAAUGUGGAGGAGUUUCGAGUCCUCCAUCGUCAGCUUCCCGUCCCCGGCGGUGUUCGGGGACAGGCCGCUCGUGGUCACCGCGCGGAGGAACUACUCCGCCUACGACGUGGAGGACCUCCUGGCCGACAUCGGCUUCGGCGCCGGCGUGGAGCCUUUCACGAGACGAGCGGUCCCGAAGAUGACCUCCUUCCAGGCCCCCAUGGUGCCGACGACGUGCAUCAACGGAGUGGGCAAUAACGACACGCCGGAGCAGCUGGUUUACUGGGACGGCGACUUCGACGCGGAACCCGAGAUAGUGUAUGGCGACGGAGACAAUACCAUCAAUUUGAUCAGCAUGUUGGCGUUCGACGAGAAGAUGCGUCGGCAGCCGGAGCAGAACAAGCUGUACAAGUCCAUCAAACUUCAUGGGGCUGAGCACGGUACUAUUGUGACAGAGGACUGGGCGCUCAAGCGGGUCAUGCAAGAAAUCCUCGAAGCCAAUCGUAUUUGA